AUGCAAGAGGCUAAAGAAUCACAUCCCGAAUUGGUGAUUACUUUUAUUGGGUGGGGGUUACUUGACUAUUCUCUUGUAACUAUCAAAAGAAAUAGAGAGUGGUUUGCUACAAAAACGGAAGAAAUAUCAAAAUUCUGGGAUAACGUGGUAGAGCACAGGGAAUUAUUCAAGACAAAUCCAAAUUUAUUUGGAAAUGAGAAAGAUGAAAAUGUAAAGGAAAAGAAAAAACAAGCAGUAAAUACUCAAGAGACUGAACUGGUAACUCAAUCAGCAUCAGAUGAAGAACAGGAAAAUCAGGAUAAAAAUAAAAAGCGAAAACAAAUACCAAAUCUUGGUCGUGAUAUCCUGGUUCAUAAAAAAAUAUAUACACCAAAACUUGCCAAAAAGGAAUUUAUGGACCACAAGGUAUUCCAAAAGGAAUCUUUGGAAGAAUACUUCUGCAAAUUUAAGACUAUAUACGAAAACAUUAUUGACAUUCUUGACCUAAAUGAGACACAAACUGGAGAUAUCGGGAAUAUGCUACUAAUGCUUGAUUUUCUUAGAGAACACGAACCACUUUUCGUAAAACAGCUUCCGAGACCUACAUACAUUCCAUAUAAUUCUUCAAAGACAAAUCUUUUAACAUUUAACAAUGCUCUCACUAAACUACAGGUAUUUUCCAAGGAAGGAGAUGACCUUAUGAAAUUUAUUGACAAAACAUUGACUUGUGCGGGGAAGAAAAAAUUUCGUGAACUUUUCAAUUCUCCUUCUUGUGUUCCAGAAGUUCUUGAAAAUAGAUACGACUCUGUUCAGCAUUUUAUUGAUAAUAGAAAUCUAUUAGAUGAAGUUAAAAAACAUUUGAAAAUACGCGAUUUGAACCGUAUCUAUAGACGCUAUGCUGUCGGUAAAAUUGAUGUUUAUGUGGAUAUGCCUCGUAUUAACGAAAUGAAUGAAAGGAUUAAUAUUCUCAUGGAUAUAUUCAAAAAUACAGAAACUGUCCCAUCCUGGAUGCCUGAAAAUAGUGUGAUUAAUGAUUUUCAAGAUUACUCUGAAAAUUUAAAAACAGUUUUCAAUUUUGAAAAUAUAAAGGAACGAGGGAAUGUAUUCAAUGAAGGAAUUUCAGUUGAGCUUGAUGAGUUGUGGGAAGAAUUAAAAAAGAAUGAUGAUGAACUUGAAAGGGUGCGCAAGUAUCUCUCUGGUCUAAUUGAUGCGGAGGUAAAGAAAAGUAGGUACCAACAGGAUUCUCGGAAAAAAACAUUUACAAAUGAAGAUACAUCAGUACUCGUCCAAGGAGGUUCUCUCCGCACUUGGUCAUACCGUUCACCUUGUAUUUGUUGCAGUCAAUGUUGCAUUAUUGCCGUCCCCAUCGCCGUCGCCCGCCCCGUCGUCCGUCGCCGUUCGUCGUCGCGGGUCGAGCGCAGAUGCGACGUCGACGAAGACGACGGAGCCCGCGCGGCCGCUCGCGAGCGCGCCGCACGCGACGUACGCGACGUCGCCGCGGAGCGCGACGCCCGUCGGCUCCACGAGCCCGGAGAGGACCAUGGCGUUCGGCGCGGGGAUGUCCAUCAUCUUCAGGCUCCUCAGCUCGCCGCGGCCCUUGUCCGUGUACAGGAGCACGCCGGACUUCGCGUCCCACGCGGCCCCGUAGGGCAUGUUGUAGAGGCUCUUCGGGUUCUUGAGGGGCGAGCGGUAGGGCUCCGGGCCGAGGGUCGAGCACACGCGGAGUUGCCAGCUCGGCAACCCGUCGUGCUCCUCACACGUGUGGCCCCAGCCGAGCUCGCGCUCCGCGACGGCGCACUUGUCGCAGUAGAUGUCGCACAUGGCCUCGGCGUCGGCCAUGGAGCCGCCGGUCUGGUGGGCCUCGAGCACGCAACCGAAGCAGGCGACGAUGGGCAAGUAUCGCGCGACGCCCGCGAUGAUGGUCGCCGCGCCGCCGCCGGGCGACUUCAUCGACGCGCCCAGAUGGCCCACGACGGCGCCGUCGGCCGUGGCGAUCAUGUACUCGUCCAUCUCGACGGCCAGCGGGUCGUCGGCGAGGUACUUGCGCAGCCCGUCGUCGUCGAGCGCGUCGAGCUGGCGCCCGCGCUCGAUGCCGUAGGGCCCGGAGGCGGCCCCGAAGUUCAUGCCGCUCUCCUCGUCGAACAUGUGCCCCUGCUUGAUCAGCAUCCCGUCCGCGGACGUCGCCGCGAGGCAGAUGCGCUUGCGGACCGUGUGCAUGUAUGUAGUCUUCGCGCGCCGCGCGGCGUGCAUGAAGUUGAGCAGGUCGUAGAGGAUCACGGUGUCCAUGGUGUCGUCCGUCGCCGGGAACCAGCGGCGCACGGUGUCCGGGUGAUAGGCGCCAGAGUUCAACCGCGCGACGUAGUCGCGGUUCGACAGCGGCUCGUCCUCGCCCGUGGCGCCCGCGCCGUGGAGCAGGUAGGAGGCGGACCUGCCGCACCGCGACUGGAGCGUCGCCUGGAAGGACUUGAGCGCCUCGAAGUCGUACUCGCGCUCGACCCGAAGCUUGCCCAGGCCAAUCAAACAGAAUCUGUGGAAGGACUGCACUGCGACGUGCGACUCGUCGAAGAUGCCGAGUCUUUUCAAUUCAAAUAUAAAAACCCUGUUCACACCAAUAAUCAUAUUCUUUUUAUGGUUGGUUCUGUGUUCAAAGUCCCGUUUCAUUAUAUCAUCCCAACUUUCAUCAUCUUCAUCAUCCUCAUCUUCACUAUCAUACUUCGGCGGAUGUAUUUUGUCAUCAAUUAUUUUUCUGUAGACUCGUUAAAGUUUUCCCAAUCAUACUCCAAUUCGCAUUCGUGUUUAUCGGCUUUAAACCAAGCAUAUUCGUUGAUGGAUUUAACAGUUUCGACAAAACUUACGUUAUGUGCCAUUCGGAAAAUCUCGGUGAGAACAUCAUCAGGCAACACGUCGAGACGGGUCGGCGACAUCAAAAUACCAAAUUGUCUUAAAUUCCCCAAACAAACCCAUUGUUAUCCCCUCAAGCAACUACAAGACUAUACCUUUAACGGGCUUGUUGGACUUUGCGAGAAAUCUCGUCCAAUUGUCCAGCCAUCUGGCCCACAGACUGCUGAAGCUGCAGCAGGAUGUCAUACGCUGACCCGAGUUCAGGGGGCUCCUUUUUGCGUUCCUCCUCGAUUAUCUCGUCAUUGA